AUGCCGCUGAUGUUCUUGGAGCGACUCCCUUGGCCAAGUCUUCCGACUUAUACAGCCCUUAGUGCAGCGCUGCAAAUUGGAUCCCUACUCAGCGUUUACCACACUGUUAGCGAACUGCGGGAUAAUCGCGCCCUUACAGGUGCAACUCAGAAUUCCUCCAGUGAAGUUGUUAUUCAACCUCAAAAUGAUGUGGAAGACGAUCAGUUGCUCGAGACCUUACUGUGGCAACACGUCAAUGACAGCCUUUUUGUAUGGGUGCUCGUCAAUACAGUCUGCUGUGCUCUCGUGCUGACUGCAAGACUCAUUCAGUGCGCUGUGUUUGGUCCUCUCAGAGUCAGUGAAACACAGCACCUUAAGGACAAGUUCUGGAACUUUGUCUUCUACAAGUUUAUCUUUGUCUUUGGCGUGUUGAACGUUCAAAAUGAAGAGGAGCUGGUCAUGUGGUGUGUGUGGUUCUCGACCCUGAUCUUCCUACACCUCAUGGUUCAGCUAUGCAAGGAUCGCUUUGAAUAUCUCUCUUUCUCGCCUGCGACUGCACUGAGCAGUCACGUUCGAGUGUUGACGCUGCUGGUGUGUGUGUUGCUGUCCUGCGGUGGCCUGUGUGUGUUGCUUGGAUAUGCACCCAGCCCACACACUCUGUCAUUCAUGGCUGCUGAGUGCUUACUGGUCACUGUCUGCGCCGUGCAUGUUAUAGUUCGGUAUGCCAUUCACCUUUGGGAUGUGCACCAUGAGGGCAGCUGGGAAGAUAAAGGAGCUUAUGUUUAUUACACAGACUUCACUAUGGAGCUUAUCAUGCUCUCAUUAGACUUGAUGCAUCAUAUUCACAUGCUGCUCUUUGGGAACAUCUGGCUGUCCAUGGCUGGCCUCGUCGUUUUCAUGCAGCUUCGUUCCCUUUACCAAGAACUGAAGCACAGACUUCGUCGCCACAAAAACUACCUGCGCAUUAUGAAUGCCAUGGAGGCUAGGUUCACCAUGGCAACUGCAGAGGAACUGGCGGCCAAUGAUGACGACUGUGCUAUCUGCUGGGAGAGCAUGCACACAGCACGCAAGCUGCCCUGUGGACACCUCUUUCACAGCCCUUGCCUCCGGUCUUGGUUGGAACAGAACACAUCAUGUCCCACCUGUAGAAUGUCUCUGAGCAUUGGCUCUGGCAAUAGUUAUAGUGGAAACCACCCAGCAUCUGAUAACCUGAUUAAUGGUGAUCAGGCCUCAGACAUCCAACCCCUCAUAAAUCAAUACAACCACUACUUCCACUUUGAUGGCUCUCGAAUCGCUAGCUGGCUACCCAGUUUCUCAGUGGAGGUCUUGCACACCACCAACGUGGUCACCAUACCGCAAGCCCACAUCUUUCAGCUCCAUGCCAUGGUACACCAGUUGGAGGAAAUGUUUCCUCAAGUUCCUCAGCAUCUGCUGAUCCAGGACCUGCAGGUAACUCACUCUGUUGAGAUCACCACUGACAACAUCCUUGAGGGUCAUAUCCAGGUGCCCCUCCCUGCCCAGCUUAUGGGCCACGCCCCUCAGCAGGACAGUCCAGCCCAGGCUGGGUCGUCUAGUGUAAGAGAUGAAGGAGAGGAAGAGGUCAGUGAACAGGAAGUCCUGGAGCUCCAGAGGAAACACUUCUCUGAUUCUACUGAACAGAUACAGAGGAUGGUCUCAGAGAGAAAAGAAAACUCACUCCAACAGGAACAGAGACAACACCUUAUUAAGAGCCCUACAGAAAGCGUGGAUGAUGAUGAAGAUGAUGAAGACCUACCCUCUUUGGAAGGGGAUGAAAGGAAUUCAGACGCGGAAGAGCAGCUCCGUCACACGUUAGCAGCCGCGGCUGCGUCCCGCGUCCAGAGGGAAGAGGACCCAGCGUAG